AACAAGGACAACAAUGUGCACAUUUUUGCCAGGGAAGACAGAUGGUUGAGAGAGGGGUAAAAGAAGCCAUUUUUGUCAACCUGGAAAAAUCAUCACUCAACAGAAGAGGUGGACUCAGACACAACCUAUCACCCACGUACAAGGCUCUCUUAGGGACAAAAGAUUCCCCUCAGUUCCACACAACAAAGAGGCAUGUGACCGAAACCAUUCUGAUGAAGAGCACAAGGACCCAUCAGACUCCUAAUGACAUUUUCCAAGUUGACCCCAACACCCCACCCAACAGGGGGAGCUGAAGUAGCCUUUUUCUUUGUAACACCCACAGUACAUAUCUGCUGUACUCCCCUCCACCAGUUAGAACUGAAGAAGCCUCUUGGAUGAGAGGUGAAACGUCUUUGAGAAAAUUUCACGUCCAGUUGCCUAACAGAACUCUUGACCUGGAUGACUGAGAAUCCUCACAGACAUGACAAACGACGAAGCAUCUCCUGCCUCCCUGACAGAACUGUGUCUGACCUACGUGAGCCAGAAUGUGGAGUGUUUCUGCGUAAAGCGUCCUGAUGGCUCCCUGUGCUUCAGAGAGGCAGUCCACUUCCCACAGGAGCUAGCCGACCAGUUGUUGGCCAAGAUGGCUGUCGAAGGUCUUUUGAAUGACAGCACAGUGGGUAUAUUUCGCAACGGUGAAUCUUUGCGGCUGAGACGAGCCUGCAUCCGUACAGCGCGCAUCUCUGCAGAGGCCUUCCAGAAAGCUCUGUGUCCUCACCGACUACUGGAGCUGGAUGCUGCAAGAGUCAAUGCAGACCUCACUAUUCAUGAUAUUCUACACGGACUGGCGACCAAUAAACAUUGUCAGGAGUCCCUUCAGCGGCUCGGCCUGACGGGUCUCACCAUGUCUUCUCUUGAAGAACCGAUUCGGUAUCGGUUCAGUUCCCUCCAAGGCCUCCGUGCACUCUCUUUAGCCAACGUUGACUUCUACGACUCUGGGUUAGUGGACGUGUGCUCCCUGCCUCGUCUGGAGAGCCUUGAUAUCUCGAACACGUCAAUCACUAACCUGAGUCCACUGCUGGGCCUGAAGGAGCGAUUGCGGUCACUGACACUGCACCAGUUGAAGAGGCUGGAAAUGAGCACGGCUCAACUGCUCGGUGUCAUACGGCAGUUGGAUAUACUGCAGCACCUGGACAUCAGCGAUGACAAGCAGUUCACCUCAGACGUGGCUCGGCAGCUGCUUGGACAGCCAGGGAUUCUGCCAGCCCUGGUUUCCCUCGAUGUGUCGGGAAGAAAACAGGUGAGAGAUGCAGCUGUUAAAGCGUUUGUUGAAGAAAGACCAGGCAUGACCUUCGUGGGGCUUCUGGCUACAGACGCUGGCUUUUCUGACUUUCUGUCCGGAGAGGGAACUCUGAAGGUCACCGGUGAAGCCAACGAGACUCAAAUCUGCGAAGCGCUGCGCCGCUACAGUGAGAGAGAGGGUUUUGUGCGAGAAGCUCUGUUUCAUCUGUUCAGUCUGACACAUGUCAUGGAGAAACCACGGCCUGACAUACUCAAGCUGGUAGUUCUGGGGAUGAAGAAUCACCCUGCCACUCUGAAUGUCCAGCUGGCAGCAAGUGCCUGCGUGUUCAAUCUGACAAAGCAGGACUUGGCAGCAGGGAUGCCAGUCCGACUCCUGAGUAUCGUAACUCAGCUUUUACUGGAAGCCAUGAGGACGUUCCCAAACCACCAGCAGCUGCAGAAGAACUGCCUGCUGUCCCUGUGCAGUGACCGCAUCCUACAGGAGGUUCCCUUCAACAGGUUUGAAGCUGCCAAACUGGUGAUGCAGUGGCUCUGCAACCAUGAAGACCAGAACAUGCAGAGGAUGGCGGUGGCAAUCAUUUCUAUACUGGCUGCCAAGUUAUCAACCGAACAAACAGCUCAACUGGGAGCAGAGCUGUUCAUCGUGAAGCAACUCCUCCACAUAGUGCGUCAAAAGGCUACUCAGGGUGUGGUGGAUGCGACCCUGAAAUUUACACUGAGCGCGCUCUGGAACCUCACCGAUGAAUCACCCACAACCUGCCGCCAUUUUAUUGAGAACCAAGGGCUGGAGCUGUUUAUUAAAGUCCUUGAGUCCUUCCCAAAUGAGUCGUCCAUACAGCAGAAGGUUCUGGGUCUGCUGAACAACAUAGCGGAGGUCGGGGAGCUGCACGUGGAGCUGAUGGUGCAGAGCUUCCUCAAACACAUCAGCAAUCUCCUGCGCAGUCCAGAGGUGGAGGUUAGCUACUUCGCUGCAGGCAUCCUCGCACAUUUGACAUCACGUGGAGAGCAGGCCUGGACGCUGGGCAUGGAACUACGCUCCUCGCUGCUAGAGGAACUGCACACUGUCAUCAUGCAGUGGCCCACACCUGAAUGUGAAAUGGUUGCCUACAGGUCUUUUAACCCUUUCUUCCCUCUCCUGGAGUGCUUUCACACGCCCGGUGUACAGUUGUGGGCAGCAUGGGCCAUGCAACAUGUCUGCAGCAAGAAUGCUGCGCGCUACUGCAGCAUGUUGUUGGAGGAGGGCGGCAUGCAGCAGCUGGAGCACGUUCACGCACACCCACAGACGCACCGAGACGUCAGACUGCUGGCCGAGAGCAUCCUGGAGAGCCUGCGGCGCCACAGAGCCCGCACGGGACAGCCAGCGCUCUCAAUCGCAGGCCGCCGCCCGCCGGCGCAGUAACCUUGCUGAGAUAAUGAGACUCCCUGGUCGAAAAGAAGAAGUUCUAACUGGGAUCUUGUACUGUAUGUUGGCGUGCGUGUCGGAGGAAUGCAUGUCUAAUGCACAAACACACUUUACCAAGAAACCCCUUCGAGGCCCACAUUUUAGGACAAAGGACUAUGCGAUUCUUUGCACACCUACACACCAACCUUAUUUAUUGUCUGUGUUCAAUCUAAAACCAGAAUAUCCGUAUGGUAAUCAUUUAAGGGAAUUAACAAUAAUCAAAUCUACUUUAAACUGUUGGUCAUCGAAAGCUAAAAUCAUGAGGUUCUUUUGUGCUUGUACUUGUCAUUACGGUACCAAAAACAUGUCAGUACGCAAGUACUUAUCCUAGAACUAUAUCCAUGGGUUGGGUUAUCAAUCUGCCAAAUACCAACGCUUCUUUUUAAUACAGUAUAUGCAUGUCGCCGCUGUGAGCCGAAGCAUGCUGGGAUUUUUCUAAGUGCUAGUACUGUUCAUCUUAGAAAUGCCUGCCUGUUGGUUUGGUAGCAGUGGUCUGUUUGUGUCAAUCUCGACCCCUCUGCUUCUACAUGUCUCCAUUUUAGACUUUUAUCAGCAAAUCUUCACUUUAAUACAAUUACUUAAAACCAUAAUUAGAAAAUUUGAUAUCCAAAAAUCGCACAAAUCUUUUUAUGAAUUAAAAAACAUGAAAGACAUUGGAAAUGUUUGUGGCCUGAUGACGUGAAUGGUGACCUUUUGUCUCUCACACGCACACUUUCAUCCCUGACUAUACCAUAAUAUUCUGUGUGUGUGUGUGUGUGUGAGUAUACACAUACUUAAGCAUCCUAUCGUAUGUACAUACUAGAAUUCAUCAUUUAGGCUUAAUUGCAUGGCAAUUAUUUUGUAUGUUGCAUUGCUUGUUUUUUUUUUUUACUAGUUAAUUUAAAUACUCAGAGACAGAGAUUUGAAGGUCAAGAAAAUACGCUCGUACCAGGGAUCCAACUAUUGUAAAUAAUUCAAUUUUGUUUUUGUUACGACCCUCUGAUGAGAUAAUAAUUUAUUCCAGAUGUCACAUGACCUAGUAAA